AUGGAGGCUACGGCGAGGCGAGAACUUCCGAAACAACCUCGCUCGACUUGUUCCGCCUCGUCUCGACCUCUUGUCACUACAUACCCUCCUCGACCCCUCGCGAAUUUCCCAUAUCGUCUCGCGAAUUGCCGAUUACUUGAAAUCAUGUCUCUCCUCGGAAAGAAGUGGCCCGCCCCUGUCGGCAAGACCAUGUUCCCUUUCUACGCUGCUGGUCUCGUCAUCCUCUACGGUGUCAACUCCAUCGCCAACGCCUCAAUGAACUCCGCCGAGUUCAAGAACGACCCCCGAAACCCCAACGCCAAGCCCUCCAAGGACCAGCAUUAA